AUGCCAGAGAAUGCAGCUGAUGCACUACAGAAGUUUAAUCUUACGAAGACUGCAGUACAAAAGGCACUGGAUGCAUUGGCUGACAGUGGACAGAUUUCCUUCAAGGAGUAUGGCAAGCAGAAAAUUUACAUUGCUCGGCAAGAUCAAUUUGAAAUUCCAAAUAGCGAAGAACUUGAGGAGAUGAAGAAAACAAAUGCCAAGUUACAGGAAGAACUCGCGGAUCAAAAGAAAGCAAUUAGUGAGGUUGAAUCUGGUGAGUUCCAAACUUCAAACUGGUACUAUGGUCUUGUUAGUGGUCUACCAAAUGCAGUCAACAAGAUCAUAUUUGAAAAAGAUCUAAAUAUAAAUCUUCUACAGAGGUACGAGGUCCAGGAAAUGGAAGAGAAACUAACUAAAUUGCGUAGUGGUGUUACCUUGGUGAAACCUGAGGACAAGAAGAUCAUUGAGAAUUCCUUUGCUGAGAAAGUUAACCAAUGGAAAAAGCGGAAGAGGAUGUUCAAGGAGCUUUGGGAUAAUAUUACUGAGAAUAGUCCAAAAGAUCAGAAGGAAUUCAAGGUUCUUGCCCCCCCCCCAAAAAUGACUGCUCUUAAUACCUAG